AUGAGGGAUCUCUGCACUUCCCAGAACCAGGCCUGCUGGCAGGAGCGCAUCAGGAAGGAGGCUGCUGCCCGAGUGGCCUGGAAAAUCAACUAUGGCCACAAAUACCCCCAGGAGGGGCCCCUGCCCAGGCAGCAGCUCCAGCGGGCCCCCUUCAGCUCAGCCCUGGGAGUGAGGUCCUGGCCUGGCACCAGCGCCCCCAAAAGGACUGGACUGCCAGAGACCAAGGAGGUCUGGGAUCAGCCGUCCAGGAAAGUGGGUGUCCAGGGGCCCCAGCCCAGGGAGGCCCAAAGAGCAACUCGGGGGUCAGCAGGCCAGACCAAGCCAGAGGGCUUGGGAAUGAGGCAGGUGGCCCCAAGCACAAGCACCUUACAGCUGCUCUUCCAAGGCAUCUCCCGUGAUGGCCAAGGCCGGGCCUCGUACCUCCGGGAGCGGCAUCGGCUGAAGCCGGAGGAGAAGUUUCAGUACCCAAUCGUGUCAUCCUGGGAGUACGGCUGGCACUUGGGGGAUGCCGUGAAGGACACCAAGCUUUCAGAGUAUGCCAGGUCCCAGCCCAUCAUACAAACCUUUUACAUCAAAAGUAGCGUCUUCAAUUUUCCACGGCGAACAGACCAGCUGAUGUGA